AUGAAAGAAUUCUCCAUUUCAUAUAUUGAACCAGAGGAUUUAAAAACACGAAUCCUUCAACAGGAUACUUCUUUUGCCAUCAUUGAUGUUCGUGAUUAUGAUUACGGAAGUGGACAUAUCAAAACACCAACACCACAACAAUAUCAUCACAUUCCGAUUGAUGAAUUAAUUCAGCCUGAAAGAGCAAGACAAUUACUCUCUGAUUUGUCCCUUUCCAACAACAAUCAAAACAACCAAAACAAUGCUAAAAGUAUGGAUUUAAUUUUCCAUUGUUUCUAUUCUCAACAGAGAGGACCGUACGGUGCUCAAAAGAUGUCUUCCCUAUUGGAGGAUUUAUACAACAAUGAAGAUGAUGGUGGUGAUCACCAACAGGAAUGGAAUUUGAAUGGAGUGAAUGUAAAGGUACUGAGAGGAGGUUGGGGAUUGUGGAGAACAAGGUUUUAUCUGGAAAGAGACUCUUUGAUUGUUCCUUUGGAAAGUGAUAGUAGUAGCAGUAGUAGUGAAAGCGAACAAGAUGAUGACGAAUAA